CGGAUGUACAACCAUCCAUUUUUUUCCUCCACUCACCACCAGUAGAGAGUCGAUUUAGCGACGCAGUGCUGUUUUAUUGUAGUUGUCAGGAUAUUUUUUAAAUCCUGAUGGAUUUAGACGGAGGAACAUACGAGCCUGGCUUUGUGGGUAUUAGGUUUUGUCAAGAAUGUAAUAACAUGUUAUACCCUAAAGAAGACAAGGAGAACCGCAUCCUGUUGUAUGCGUGCAGGAACUGUGACUACCAGCAAGAAGCAGACAACAGCUGCAUCUACGUCAACAAGAUCACCCAUGAAGUAGAUGAACUGACCCAAAUCAUCGCUGAUGUAGCUCAAGAUCCAACACUGCCAAGAACCGAGGAUCACCCGUGUCCAAAGUGCGGCCACAAGGAGGCAGUGUUCUUCCAGUCACACAGUAUGAAGGCUGAGGAUGCUAUGCGGCUGUACUACGUCUGCACAGCUCCUCACUGUGGUCACCGCUGGACAGAGUAAAACURGUCGUUUUGAAGAGAUCCAGCGUUUGCAUCUUCAAAACAUUACUUUUUGUCACCAUUUCCUCCUGAAGGCUGAAGCCUACCAUGUGUUGAUUGAYUUCUAUCCAUCUUCUGACCAGUUUAGUUGGUUAGUUUCAGUGUAAAUUGUUAGAUUAAAAUAUUUUUUAUAAAUCAUCUUGUCAGUCCUAAAUAAAAUGUUUUUUUUAUACAAA